AUGAUACCUUGGCUUAGUUCCCCUGUCGCCCGUGUGGGCCUCGCCAUUCUGUCUUGCAUCGUUUUUAUCCACGUAUGGAUCCUGCCUUCUCAGAAGCAUCAAAAACAGCCACAGUUUCAGCUGGUCAUCUCUCACUAUAAUGAAAACUUGUCCAAAGUGAAAGAUUGGGUCACUGCAGUGCGCGAGAUGCCAUUCGUAAAAGAGCUCGGUUCAACCGUCACGGUAUACACAAAGAACAAGCACACCAACCUCGAUCAGAUCAAAGAACUCUUGGAUGCUGCAGAAGUCAUUCGCCUCCCGAAUGUCGGCAGAGAGCAAGGAACAUACAUGCACCACAUCAACAAGACCUACGACCAUAUAUACCCCUACACCAUGUUCAGCCAAGCCGCAAUCACCGGUCUCAACGACACCGGUAACACCUCCCGCCCUUUCACCGACUGGCUCGACAAGUCUCUCCGCUACAAGUUCACCAACGAAACCAAAUUCUUCAACCUCCAACACGGUGGCAACCCCAUCUUUUGCGUCUGCGGUGACUGCCCAACCGGCCACUUUCCCCUCCUCCCUCAACUCCAAACCCUCUUCGACAACAAAGUCUGCGACUCCACCGAGCGACAGUCAAUCUCCUGGCUCGGGCAAUUCAUUGUGGCGAAAGAAAAAGUGAUUGCGAGGCCAAGGUGGAUAUAUGAAUACAUAGGCAGUCUGGUGGAUGCGCCGGAGGGUCAUUGGAUACACCAAGAGCAGGAGCCGGCAGGGUUAAAAAAGACGCUCGGGGAGAGCCUGCCUGACAAUCCGCUUUUUGGACACACUGUGGAGAGGUUAUGGCCGACGCUGUUCAACUGCAGUAAUGAGCCGGAGAUGCCAGGGUGCAUGGGGAGUUGGAGCCCGAUGCCUGGGCAGAAGAAAAAGGAUGGCAAACUGGGAGAAUCGUAUAUAUGA